AUGGCAACCGCAGAAAAAGCUACUCUAGUAUUAGGAGGAGCAGCACUUGGUGUUGUUUCCUUUGCAGCCUAUCAAAAGUUCACCCAAAAGCCUGCUGUUCGUCCUGCUGUCAAUGUGCCUGUCAAUAGACCACCACCACCACCAUCACCACCAUCCACUCAAACCUCUGCUUCAGUUGGAGGACCCAACCUGAGCAACAUGGAAAAGGCCAGAACCAUUUUGCCCUUUGGAUUUCCCGGUCCAGUAAGCGACAUUGUAUACCGUAACGCUUAUGUCACUUCCUACAACCGUCGUGAUCGCAACCCUAACUGGGUAGCAGAACAUUUGACUGCAGCCAGUUUGAAACGAGGCGAUGAUGUAGAUCGUCAAAAAUCCACCUUUAAAGAAGACGAUCAUAUUCCACCUCAAUUCCAAGCCAAGCUCAACGACUAUUUUAGAAGCGGGUUUGAUCGUGGACACAUGGUACCAGCUGCUGAUGUCAAGAAUAGCCAAGUUUCCAUGAACGAGACCUUUUACUUGACCAACAUUGCACCACAAGUAGGCGAAGGAUUCAACCGAGAUUAUUGGGCUCAUUUGGAGCAUUUCUGUCGUCAAUUGACCGCCAAGUUCUCUGAUGUGUAUGUGUUUACGGGUCCCUUGUAUUUGCCACAUCAAGAAGCUGAUGGUAAAUUCUACGUCAAAUACCAAAUGAUCGGCAAUCCACCCAACGUGGCUGUUCCCACUCACUUUUACAAGGUCAUCCUGACACAUCACCAAGGCAAAUACAGCGUCGGUGCCUUUGUAUUACCCAACCAGCCUAUCCCUGAUCAAACGCCUUUAACUGCAUUCCAGGUGCCCUUGGAUGCUGUGGAAAGAGGUGCUGGUCUCACCUUCUUUGAUCGCAUGGAUAAGAACGCUUUGCCCAACUUGUGUCGUGAAAUUGAAUGUAAGCUGGUAAUCCGUAAGUUUGAUAACGCUCAAAAAAACGUACAAAAAUUGCCUGCCAAAUAA